GUAUAAAUGAUUAUCAUGAUGAAGAUUAACCAGAAGCUGAAAAGAAAGCGCAAUAGUCCGGAAUGGUGGGCACGAAGCGUGGCUGUGUUUCUAUGAAUUUGAUGAAAGGCUUCGUGGCGCCGGCUUUGCCUAAAGAUUGUGACGUACGAGAUGUUGGCAGUGAUGAUGAUCACGCGUUGUUGCGAUUGCCAGCACGGCAUCUCGCCAGCGGUGUAGCUUGCUGCGGCACGGCUAUGUUCAAACAAAUCACAGUUCAUUGAGGACUCUAUUUGGCUUUCCUUGUUUCCCGUACGUCAUUUAUCAUUCCAGUCAUUCUGUCUACCAUCCAUUCGAAGCCAUGACAUCCGAAAGUAGUUCCUACUCAGCUUCAGCCAAAGACUUUUCCUGGGCAAAAGCUAGCGCGCUUUGGGUCAUAGUCAUCAUCAUCGCUAGUCUUAUCCUCCUCCGGAUCAUCUACAAUGUUAUAGGGGGGAUACUGAAGCGACAGCAUGAGAGAAAUCGAGAGCACGAACUCGUUGAAUUAGUGCAACAGCGAACAAGACUGCAGCUAAGUGGCAAUGAUGCAGGUAUACAAAGGCCAGCACAAGCAUUGACCAGAAGAAGUAGCGAAGUCUCGGUAUUGCCGCGGUAUGGUACCGAACAAGGGGGAUUGUGUGAUCAAUCUGUUGAGGUUAAGAAGAAGGGGAGAUACAGUUAUGUGGUUGCCUAUCACUGGCCCGGAGGAGAUAUGGAUCCCAGAAAGAAAGAAUCUGAUGUGAAGGAAUGAUUUGGUAGAAGUUCUGGGAACACCGGGAGGAUGACAUGCUUGCAUUGAGUGUAACAACAUGAAGAGAGAUGGUCAAGGUGUUC